AUGGCGCUGCCCUCACUACUCUCCGAGAAAGAAAGACGCGUUCUGGAGCUUUAUGAUCGGCUCCAGGAGCUCGGUCUGGAGUCUGCCUUGCUUGCGGCUCGAGGCCCACACACAGCAAUCACGGAAGAGGAUCUCAGGACCGCCCAGGAGCGUUUUCUAGAGUCAAGAGCAUCCUAUAUGUUGCGCAACGAUGUCGUCGACAGCGUCAUGAUGGUCAAUCCCAUCAUCAAAGCAGUGCACAGAGGAACCGAUGCCUCGCCCAUUGAGCGAGACUUGUUGCCGCAUAUCGAGCAACGGGAUGCGGUGUCGGGUGCCAUCGCAAAACAAGAUUCCGAGUUGCGGGGAAUCAACGAUGAACUUUCGGAGAUACAGGCCGAGAGUAUCCGGAUCAGUCGUCGCAACGUGGCUCUGGCUUCAGAGGUUCUGAAACUGGCAGAGGCUGCCAGUCAGAACACCAGUGACUUUACAGACAACCCGGAGGUCAAGAGGGAAAUCUCCACGCUCGAAAGGGAGGUGAAAGCAAGCCGGCAAAAGUGGAAAGUCAUGAAAGGCACAGCAAGUGCUGUCGUGGUUGGAAGUGGAAUCGACUGGGCCGCAAACCCAGAGUUGAGGGACAUGGUUCUUGAUCCCGAUUGA